GUUGUCCUUUCAGUAUUUUCAGAGCGUUUGAAGGGGAAGGACGUUCCGUGUUACAAGAACAGUCGUUGUGCGAUGUUUUGAGAACUUACUGUAGUUUAUUUAUUCUUGUUUCCUGUGAUAGUGUACAAGAUGGUGAUAGUGAAGGGAUUUAUUUCUUUUUUCUGUACAAUACUGUUUUUGCUCGAUGGUGUUACGAGCUUACGCGACGUUAAGCUUCUUGUCAAACCUUCGAUCGUCGUCAAGGGCGGAACAGCAGCACUGAUUUGUUCAAGGGACAUGCAGGGCGCUCCUUUGUACUCCGUCAAGUGGUAUCGAGGGAUCCAUGAAUUUUUUCGGUACACACCACUUGAGGAACCUGAUACGAGAGUAUUCGGUCUGCCAGGCAUUUAUGUGGACAUGAAUCGCUCCAAUGGCACGCAAGUGUUGCUUCGACGGCUGGAACUUGGCUUGGCUGGAAACUUUACCUGUGAAGUCACUGCUGACUCUCCAUCGUUCACAACACAAAUUGCUACGAAAUUUAUCGAUGUUAUAGCGUUACCAACAUCGAUGCCAGUUUUAGUGACGGACAAGGACCGCUACCAGCCUGGUGAGAUGCUUCUGGCCAACUGUACAUCAGCUCCGGCAAGACCAGCUGCAAAUCUCACAAUAUUCGUUAAUGAGGCGCCGGUGAGAUCGACAGAAACUAGUUUUCAUACAACCGAAAACAAUCUUCUAAUAACAAACGUGAAUGUGCAAUUGAAGAUCAGACCAGAACUGUUUCCUGGAGGACGAUUAAGAGUUUCUUGCUACGCUACCUUAUACGAUAUUUAUAAUGGAUCGGCUAAACUUGACUUCUUAACACCGGAAACAGAUCCUAGACCUGAAAGAAUUACUUUGGGAAGCGGAGCCGGAACCAGCUUAUUGAACUGGUUUCUUCUAUUUGUCAUUCUUCUUCUACCCUUCAUGGUAACGGCAGAAGAUUAUGGUUUAUAUGAAGAUUAUUUAGAAAAUCUCCUGCCAACUUACGAUGAAGAGACUGAACAAAACGUCAUAAAUUCCCUUGUGGGAGGUUGAAAUGCAUUUUAUAUUUUAGAUAGUUAUUGCAAUAACGAAUUUAGUAUAAGAGAUCUAUUGAAAUUGUUAAUUAAUUAUUAAUUGUGUUCUUUAUUUAACGAUAUACCAUUAAAAUGUUAAUGUGUUAACGAUUAAAAUAUAAAAAAAUAACAAUUUUAUGUAAUAGGUUCCCACGGAACUUAUUCCCUCGUUUUAAUUAUUUAAAAUGUUCGCUUACUUACAAAAAGACACCAAAUCAUAUAAUGUUAUUUUUAGUAACUAAAUUCAAUUUCUUAUAGUAAUUUUUGUACAAAUUAAUAUUAACAACCUUACCUACAUUAUAAGAUAUUAUCGAUGUUUAGAAUAGUUAUUUUAUUAUUAUUUAUAUUCAUAAAAAUUGUCACCUGAAAUAGUCCCAGUGAAAGUCAGGCCGAAAACAGCUCAGACGUUUUAGGUUACCUUUAACAAACAACGGAAAAAAAAAUUUAAAAGUGUAAUAGUGUUAACCACAUAAUUUGUAAAAAAAUUUUUUUUUUUUAAUAUUACAAAAAAAUAUUCCAAUUUUAUUUUAUUGUAUAGAUAUAAGGAAAUUUUAUAUACUCCAUAUCCAAAAUAAUUUAGUUAACUGACAGUUAUAUAAUAGUACACAUAUACUCUUAUUUAUAAAUACAAUUGGCGUUUAUUUUAUAAAUUAGAGAAAAUUAAACCAUAUUAAAUCCGAUUUUUUAAGUAACAAUAACUAAAAAUGAAAGAUUUCGUUAUCUAAAUGUAUCUUGAUACUGUAAUUUUUAAUUAUUUUGCAAAUGUUCUCACUAUUGUCAUAACAGUCACGGGUGCACAUUAUGUUAUCUCUUACUAAAUUUUGACUUUCACCUUAUCAUCGUGGACUUCGGAAUAGAGUUGAAAGAGAAAAAAAAAGUAAAAAUAUAGUACAUUUGUGACAGCGCCAUCUAUUGUCUGUCUUGUGAUUUCAAAACUAAACUGUUACUGCUUGAUAGAAAAAUAUUCACGCAUCUAUACAAUCGUUGACAUCAAUGGUAUUUAGAGUAAACACCAGCUCCCAUUCGCUUUUAAUCGGCAUUCAUAAAAAUAAGUAAUAUUUAAAAGUGAAUGAAAUAUUUAAUAGAUGAGAACAGUUUUUCUUACGCAAAAUAUGAAGUAAUAAAAAAUCUCUUGUAUGGUUUAUUUCAAGUAAUAAUUGUACUAUUCCGUAAAAUAAUUCAAUAAGAUUAAUAGCUUAUGUCCUAAUUAAGAAAUAGUAAGCCAUGUAUUUUCUGUAAAUAGCUACCCCUUGGUAUCAGAUACUUAAAUGAAAUAAGCUAAAUUAAUAAAAAAAAAAUUCAUAUAUCGUUUUUAUUUCUUUAAACAAAAAAUAAUAGAGUUGUUUUCAUUAAAGUAACAUAAAUAUAUCUUAUAUUAUUUAAACAUGUUUUCAAUUUGUAACUCAAUUUUAUAACUGUUAUAUUUAUUUUUUGGGAUACAAUAUUAUGUUAUGGAAUCGAUAGUUUUUGUUGAUGGAUGGAUGGUUUUUGUUGAUGGAAAAGAAGCUUAAAUCGUGUUAAAAAAUGUUUCCACAAAAAAAAACGAACACCGAAGCUAUAUUUAAUCCUAAACUUCGCAAUUUUAAAUUCUAUCUUAAUUUUUAAAUAUAUCACAAAUAACUUUCACUGCAUCAGUUGAAAGAAAAUAUUUUUCCACCUUGUUUUGGUAAACAUGUUUGUUUUGUAAUCCAAAAAAAUGUGAUUGAUUUUGUAUAAGAAAUGAGAUUAGCAUGUUUUUUAUAAGAUUUGUAUGUUAAAAAAUAUAUUUCUAUCGCUUCCAAACACACAACGGCUGUUAUAAAAGUAUAUUUUAUGAAUCAUAUUAUCUUAGUGAUGUUAAUUUAAUAUUUAUAAUUUUUUCCACGUUGUAGUUAUUAUAAUGUUAUAUAUUUUUUUGGUAAAAAGUUAUGGAAAUAGUUCUAAACGAUUCACAAAAUGCUUAAAGUGAACUAAGUAAUUCAACUUACUUACUUGCACCUUCAUCUUUUGUGACCUAAAACUUGUUAUGAACUAAAAUUUUUGUUUGUGUAUAUUUUGUUUGAAUUCUACCUUGCUUAUGUCUUUAGCUUAUAAAAAUAUUAAGGCCACAAAAAUCUUUGUAAGGAUACUUUUCGAAAUUUUGUAAUUCAUAUGCACAAAUACGUGAUGAUUUUAUAAGGUUUAUUGAAAACUAUGUUUAUAUUUUUGAUAUGUAAAUCAAAACCCUCUUCUCCAUGUGCAUCUUCAUGAGAUUAUAAGGCAUUGUGCAAAAGUGUAAAUAUUUAAUAUAAAUACACGGAAUUUUGAGACACCAA